AUGAAUGAAUUAACACUGUAUUUUAUCAGUUUGGUAACUUUAUUAACUAAUGUUAGAGGUGACAAUGUAUUAGGAUGCGGAGGGUUCCUCAAAAGCCACGUACCGAUCGAUUUUUCGAAAGUAGAGGUUAAGUUGAUUACGAAGCAAGGUAUCGUCAAGGAUAAAACCACCGCUGCCCCGAAUAAUGGGUAUUACUUCGUGCCUCUUUAUGAUAAGGGAGAAAUGCUUCUCGAACUGUCUCCUCCCCCAGGAUGGAGUUUUGAGCCCAAAAAUGUGGCCCUGAACAUCGACGGAGAAACCGAUUUGUGCAGCCAGGGCAAAGAUAUAAACUUUAUAUUCAAAGGAUUCGGGAUUACGGGAAAAAUUGAUAGUUUAGGCUCGCAAGCAACCGAUGCAGGUCCCGAGGGUGUAACGAUAAAAUUAGAAUCCGACGAUGAUAUUAGAACGACAAUCAGUGAUAAGGAUGGCAACUUUUUCUUCACGCCUGUAUAUCCGAAGAAAUACAAAGUCUCCAUUACGCACCCUAAAUGGAAAAUUUUUAAAAAUUCUGUAGAAGUAGUUGUUACCGAAGGUAAUACAGAGUUACCAAAGAACAGCCUUGUUAUACAAGGUUUCGAUGUAUCGGGUCAAGUUAAGAGCGAAGGUGAAUCAGUCAAGGAUACAAUUGUAGCGCUUUUAUCGCCAGAGAAAAAAAGCGUACCUUCAAUUCCAAAUUGCAGCAAGGAACCGUUGAAAGGCUUGAAUGUAAAAGGCAACAUCUUGUGCCAAGUAAAAACUGAUGAAUUCGGUAAAUUUACGUUCGAAACUCUCCCCAACGGGCAAUAUUACGCAUUAUUAUACUACAAAACCCAAAACAUUUAUUACAAACCUGAGAAGAUCGAAUUUACUGUUAACAAUAAAGACUUGGAAUUAAAGGAACAUUUCGAGAUAAUCGGAUUUAGCAUAGCAGGAAAGGUACUGAAACAAAAAGGCGUACCGCUCAAAAACGCCAAAGUGUUCCUAAACGAAGAAGAGAUCACCGAAACGGAUUCGAACGGGCGGUAUACUUUAGAAAAAAUAAAAGCCGGGACUUACAAACUCAAAGCAGAAUCGGAAAACCUGCAAUUCGACGAAAUCAGCAUCCCCAUCGAUACAUCCCUGCCCGAGUUACCGGACAUCUUUCCAUCGGCGUUUAAAAUUUGCGGCAGCGUCACCAGCGAUCGUCCCCAGCAAAUAAACUUCGUCAAAGUGGGCAGCACGAAGCUACUCCAGACGUUGUCGUCGGCCAUCGACGGCACUUUCUGCGAAUAUUUAUCGCCGGGGAAAUACGAAGUGCAGGUGAUAGUUGGCAGUUCUGAUAAAGAGAAAGGUUUACAGUUUUAUCCGUUGGUACAAACGAUUGAGGUGAAUUCGGAGAGCCUGCCGAACGUUGUGUUUUCCCAGUUGAAAUCGACUAUUUCUGGAAAAGUGAUGUGUUUGGUACCGAAAGACUGCGAGGAUCUGACUGUUGCAUUAAAAGGCGGAGCUGAUAAUGAGUUUAUAGUUAAAGUUAAAAGCGGUUCUUAUUCGUUAAGCGAUAUGUAUCCAGGGACUUAUGAAAUUAGAAUAUUAUCAAGUAAAUUUUGUUGGGAAAGCAAUGUGCAGAAUUUGAUAGUUGAUAGCGAGAUUGUUGAAGCGCCGCCGUUUAUUCAAAAAGGGUACACAGUCGUAUUCAUUUCGUCUCAUAAUACACAGGUUACCUUCAAACAACCCGGCCAAGACAAACCGACCCUCUUCGACAUCGCCAAAGGCCGCUCGAACUUCUGCCUGCAGCAAUCCGGCGACUAUCUAUUCACCAUCCAGGGUUGCCACAGUUACCACGAACAGACCGUCCAAUACACCACCAACGCCGAUGUCAACGAAAUAAUACUCACGGCCAAGAAGCACUCGCUCAAGCUCGGCAUCCAAGCGGACUCCGACUUCGGCGACGUACAAGUUUCGGUGAAAAUCGGAACAUCGAAAAGCGAGGAGGUACUCAGAUAUAUGAACAAUGUGUAUGAGCUCGAAAUUUCGUUGGAACCGUCCGAAAACGCCGUGCUGGUGCCCCAAUCGGAUGUGCUCUUCUUCACGCCGCCCAUCCUCUCGGUGGAAGGCGGCGACGAUUGCGCCGAUCUGGGCGCCAAGUUCGUCGCCGUGAAGGGGCAGCUGUUCGAAGGGAAGGUCGUGCCGGCGUUGGCAGGCGUGACGGUGACGGUGGAAAGCGCCGACGCCGAGAAGCUGGUCAUGGAGACCGAUCGGAACGGCGCGUUCAAAUUUCCGCCGUUGGACGGCAGGAAGGGGUACAAAAUCAGCGCCGUCAAGGAGUCGUACGUUCUGACGGGGCCGGAUCAGGACGGCAACUUUUUGGCGCACAAAUUGGCCGAGGUUAUUGUCGAAGUUAUCGAUGCGGACAAUAAUCCGUUGGCUGGAGUAUUGCUAUCUCUGUCCGGUGGUGACGGGUACCGCAAAAACUUGCAAAGCAGAGAGGACGGUAAAAUUCUGUUCACAUCGUUGAGCCCCAGCGAAUACUUCUUGCGUCCUAUGAUGAAAGAAUACCAAUUCGAACCGGCUUCCAAAAUAAUUCCAGUCAAAGAAGGAGAAACUGUCAACGUGCAUUUGAGGGCGAAACGGGUAGCUUACAGCGCCUACGGGCAAGUGAUGUCGUUGAACGGUGAGCCCGAAGUCGAUAUGAUAAUAGUCGCUCAAGGCGUCGGAAACUGCAGCGAAUAUUCCGAAGAGACCACUUGCGAAUCUUCGGGGCACUUCAGAAUAAGAGGAUUGCAUCCGUAUUGUUCGUACAAAGUAACCGUGAAAGAUGGACAAAACGAUAAUGUUGUAGUCGAACGAUCGGCGCCCGAAUUCGUUGAAAUUAACAGCGUAACCAGCGACACGACCGGCCUCAAACUAGUCGUCUUUCGGCCAGCCACCCACAUGGAUAUACUCGUCAAAAUCCACGCAGACAACGUCGAACACUACAAAUCCCUCAAAGUGAAGCUAACCAGAGAGCUCGGCUCGCCCGCCGUCCUCCACACGGCCAAAAUCGACGCCUCCUCCCUCAAAAUCACCAACCCCAUCAACCCGGGGCUGCUGCUCCACCUGCCGCCCGUCCCCGUCGACGGCAAGCCCUACUCCCUGCAGCUCGAGUCCGGCCUGCAGGCCGCCAAGCAGCAGGUCCACUUCUUCGCCGCCGACGAGUCGUUCAAGUACUUCGAGUUCGAGUUCCGGCCGAAGGACGGCGCGUCGGAGCAGCGCAUCAAGCAGACAUCGCCGUGGAGCCUGGUGUUCAUCUUCGCUAUCUUGGUGGGCGCCUACAACGUCGAGCUGGUGGCGAACUUCCUCAGCGACCGGUUCAAUUUCAACGCGAGCUCGCUGGCUAGUUUGGUGUCGAUGCCCGGCGCGGGCGCCAAGCCGGCGCCGGAUUAUUUCGAUGACGCGCACAUCGAUCAGAUCGUGCAGAGUAUUAACAAUGCCAAGAAGAAGCCGAAGCCUAAGAAGCUGAAGAUUUGA